AUGCAUGUUUGUGCGCAGCGCAAAAGUCGAUCCGGAAACGACCCACCGUUAAAAUUUGAAGUGUAUACAGAUUUUGAAUCGGCUUGUUAUACGAUAAUGAUAUUACGACUAUCACAAGUUGUUGGAUCGAAACAAAGAUGUAACGAAAUCCUCGGAUAUUUUGCUUACAACGGUAAAAAUCUGGUCGUUUUCUUUCCGGGUGAUAUUCAGGAUUUUUACGAAAAUAUGAUAAAGAAUCAAAUUAACAAGAAAUAUUCUCAUUGGCAUUAUCAUCAUGUAUUAGAAAUUAUUCAAAAAAAAUUUGCUGACAGCCAUAUACUGAUUAUCAAACCUUCAAGAAUGCACGGACAAAUGUAUAGUUGCUACGAUCAUUUCCUCCACUGUGAUGCUUAUGGCAAUCCUGAUUAUAACAAACCUAGUGAUUAUGCGAUUGACCAUCUAGAGACAAUAAUAUUAAAUACGAUAAAGGAAGUAAAUAAAGACCUCCGCAGAAACGAUUAUGUAAAGUAUGACUUGCCGACUGUCUUAAUUGGCUUUAGUAAAGGAUGUGUAGUUCUGAAUCAAUUAAUCCUUGAAUUAUCCAAUCGAAAAAAAUGUAUAUCUGAAAAUGCUUGCGAUACGAAUAUAAAUUUGUUUAAACGCAUAGCAGGGAUUCAUUGGCUAGAUGGAGGACACAGCGGAGAGAACGGGACUUGGCUGACUAAUGAAGGGGUUAUAAAUGAUUUAGUAUCAAACGUCCCGUUAGUAUGUUGCCAUGUGACACCUUAUCAGAUGAUGGAUGGAACUAGGCCUUGGGUAUAUUUAGAAUAUGAGCGCUUUGUACAGCUAUUAAAUAAAUCUGGUGGUAACAUAAAGACCUAUAACUACUUCAUGGAUAAACCUCGUUCAAUAGACUAUCAUUUUAACCUAUUGGAAGCAUUCUUAAAUAACAUUUAA